AUGGCAACCUUUAGCAGCCAUUCGUCCAAGCAUAAAGACCCAACGUCUUCAAAAGACAAACGAUAUGCCAUUCAGGUAGAAAAGGCUUUAUCGACGUUCGAUGCCCUCGAAGAAUGGGCCGACUACAUUGCAUUUUUAUCGAGACUUCAAAAAGCACUUCAAUUAUCAGAUGACUUGAAGUCCCGUCACACAGUUUCAUGGAUCCCCCACUCUCACAAGGUAGCAAACAAAUUAAGUCUCUGUUUAUCCACAUCGCUUCCCAAUGGAGUUCAUCAAAAGGCUUUGAGUAUUUACGACAGCAUAUUUAUGGCUUUAACCAAAGAAACAUUUAACAGCCAGGCUUCAAUGUGGAUCCCUGGACUAUUUCCCUUAUUCAACUACUGCUCGGUGCAAGUCAAGCCUCAAAUCAUCAACAUUUACAAGCUGCAUUUCCUAGCUAACGCCAAUAGCCAGGUUCUUCAUCGCAUGUCAAAACCAUUCAUAUUGAGUCUACUUCCUGGGCUCGACGAUGAAAAUUCCGAAGUGUUUCAGGAUGUAGUAGAACUUAUGGAUCAGUUCAAACUGAGCCUCGACGACGAUUCUCAUUUCUGGGAAUGCAUGUUUUUGAGCAUUAUAACCAACCCGGAAAAACGACUCGGCGCUUACUUCUGGUGUGUUCGAAGGCUCCCCUUGUUCACCUCCAUCAAACAGGAAAGUGAAGAGCAGGCUGUAAUCUUUUCAGAUGAAGCUCAAGCAUGCUUGAACUCUGAGCCUGGUCUAGUAGUGAGAGCAUUUGCAGCAGUUAUCGAUUCAGAUUACACCAGUGACAAUUCGAGUGGCACCUUUGUCGCCAGAGGCUUCUUUGACCUUCUUUUGUCACAUCUUCCUUUGGACAGUGACUUGCUAAAUAAGGUAGUUCAUCAAGGCGACAAAGAAUUAUUGGUGAUGUCUUGCUGCCGUGCAACUUUGAGGAAAGAUAUGAGCUUAACCAGAAGGUUGUGGAACUGGCUUUUGGGUCCUGAAGUUGAUUCGUUGAAAUCAGAACGUCAUAGUGACUCAAGGGCCGAUUACUUCUCAAAGUAUGGCUUGCACUCAGUGGCAGAAGGGAUCCUCAAAACACUCAAGAGCGUGUCUUCAAUCAAAGCCAAGAUUGACGCUGUUAAGAUGGCAUCGAUUUUGAUCAUGGAUAAGUGGGAAAUCAGCCAUUUGUUAACACCAAAGGUGUUUCAAGCAAUCCUAGAGACAUGCUAUGAUACUCACAAAUCUAAAGAUGGUGUAAGUAGCAGGGAGCUUUUCCUAUCCGUUCAAACAUUCUUCGAUGGCGUGGAGGCUGAUUACAUAUGGAGCGAAAUAGUUCCUGUUCUCUUGAAUGGUGAAAGUUCAAGAUUGGACGUGGUGAAUUUUAUCUUUCAAAACUUUGAUCUUCGUGAAGAGGAAAUGGUUACAAUUCAUGCCCCAAUUGCAUUAUUGGCCGUUCUUAUGAGGUCACAGAAAGAAGAUGGAGCAGAUCUCAUAAGAGAAAUCGAGUUUCUCGUUUACUUGUUGUCAAAGGAAGCAUUCGGCCAAGAUGAUACAGCUCAUGAGGAAGUUGAUAGGCUCGAAAUCCGGCCUAAGAUAGAAGAGUAUUACUCUAAUGACCAGGUCACCAAGCAACGUGAAGUUCCAUACAACCCUCCAACAAUUGCCUAUCUAAUUUUCGAUAACUUUUCACGGGUGAUGAAGGAGAAGUUAUUUCUUGAAGAGGAGCCCCAAAAGUAUUCAAUAAUGUUCUGUCAUCUUGCCGAGUUGGUCCCGCGUGAUAUUAGAAAUUCCAUCUUGAAAUCAAUGGUGAAGGAUGUCCUUGAAAUGCCUAUAACUGAGAGUAUCACGCCAAACAACGACAAGCAAAGAAAUUUACACGGUGCGUUGAGUGUUUCUAAAUUGAGCGUUUAUUUUAUGCCUCUUUUGUCACCGGAAGAAAAAGUUAAAUUGUUAACUAUCAUUUUGUCAAACAUAUGGAUUGCUCUCACUUCUAAUGGUCGCAUCAGCUACCAAGUGGAAGCUGUCAAGUGCAUCUUUGAUUUGCAAAUUAACUAUUCUCUGUUUCACAUUGAAGCGGGAAUUGUUCGUUUGCUACUCAAUUCUUCCAUAUAUGAACGCAUAGCAGCGCUUGGAACGCUUUGGACCCAUUCUCAAGCCCUUAACGAUUCUGAUGCAAUGCUUGCAAGACCUCUUUUCAUCUUGCUUGAUGACUUACAGGUUCAGGACAGCAAAAACUCGUUGAUGGUCAAUGACUUCAUCGAUAAUGUUGUAAAGAAUGGUUCAGCAAAUCGCCUUUUAAAGAUGAUAACCGAUCCGCUAUUGAAAUUUGACUUCAUGAGGCAUGACAAGGAUACGAUUGGAACCACUGAUGAUGUGAGCUUGUUCGAAUAUCAUCUUGAUGUUAUAGUACGAGUUGUUGAGGCUAAUGUUAAGCAACUCAGAGAUGCUUUCAGCAAUGAGUUUGCAGUGACAGACAGUAAGUUGAAGAUCAAUCUAUUCAAGGAUAACGAGUGGAAUGUUUCAACAUAUAAAUCGCUACUGUUGAUGAUAAUCGAAAAAUUCUUGAACUUGCUGCUUGUCGCAAACGCCUUUGACAGUUCGACUAGAGAUUUCGUGAGCUAUGGAAAUGCGGUGGAUCGAUGCUUGAGACUAUACAAAUACCUUCUUUCUGGAAAUGAGGCGGACUUUUCCCAAAGGUUUCUGGUGCUACUUCAAUCGUGCUCCAAGAUAGUUUCCAGUCCUUACAGCUCUAAUUACCAAAUGGAGAUGGUGGAAGCCACGUAUCUAGACUGUAUCAGUCACUUCUUGAACCUUUCCAAAAACAUGCGAAUAGCAUUGAACCUAUUGCAUGUGGAGGACGAUGCAAAAGAAUCACCUUUUGUGCAUUUUUUUAUCAAUGGCAUUACCAGUGCUCGAACUGUUGUUUUGCUAAAACUGUGGGUUCUGCUUCUCGUCAGCAGCCUUUAUUUGUUUAAUGAAUCGGUGUACAGUGUCAUUUUGAUUGUCAAUGACUGCCUUUUAAGGAAAAUUGACAAGUAUUUCAGCUCUUUGAGUCAGCCCAAUAGUGAUGAAUAUGAGGACAUUGAGCGGGCAAUAAAUAUCGUCUUGGGGGGAGUGGAGGACCUAUUAUCGAUCACACACAGCUACUUGAUGACGUCAAAAGCUAAAAGUAACCAAGAAAUUACUAAUUCGACUCCAGAGUCUGGAUUCUUUGGCAAUGUGAUACAAGGAGUCUUCCAAUUGGAAUCACCGGCUCUCAAAACGUCAGAACAGAACAAGCUAUUUUCGGUGCUAAUCUCGUUUCAAGAUGCCGUAAACUCAAUAUUCAAGGUUUGGGCAUGGGCAGACUCCGAUCGCUCUGUAUCUGACUCGUUGGGGACGACUGCCAUAAAAUCGAGAACAUAUGUUGCACACAAGUUGAAGUUCAAAACUAGAAAGGUUCUCGAAACGUUGAUGGACCUUGAAAGGCAGGAAGUGAUUGAAUGUUUGAUUUCCACAAAUGAACCCCUGGUGGUAAAGUUGUUGCAUGUUUUAGAUGGCGGUAGGUGUCAGGUUACACUUCCAUAUAUCUACGAUACGAUCACAAGCUUCAGUUGUCCUCAAAUCUUGCCGGAAUCGAAAAGAUCAUCAGGGAAUGUCCACAUUAGUGCCAAUCAGGCCUCAAGCUUUUUGAUCAAAUAUAUUGAAUCCAUUGAUACCGAUUCACUUUCGGAUAUAUGGACUCCAACCACACAAUUUUUCAAAGAUGUUUUGACCUACGCAAAUCAAUACAAGGAUGUGUUGUCCGAUUUGCUUCAAGCGGCUAAACAUUUGAUGGACAAAGCCAGGGUUUCCAAGUCCAGUGAACAGAAAAAAUACCGCAAAGAAAUCUCAGAUAUUUUGUUUAGGUUGAUCCAAGCGAACAUCAGUCCUAAGAACCAAGUUGAGGCUAUAUCAACUGAGAAGAAAGAAAUCAGCACAGAGACAGCGAACUUGACCAGCAAUAUAUUUGUGACCAUUCACAACGUCGUGGAACACCUUGAUGAAAUGUUUCCUGAAACGGAAAGGGCCACUUCUUGUGUUAGUUCAAUUCUUCAACAUAUGAUCACUCCCAGCAUCAAAGCUAAACUCAUCAAUGAGGUACCUACGAGGGUACUUAAGUUGACUCUUGCCAUUGGAAAACAUCAUCCCAUAAAGGCGUGGAAAGUUUUGGUUUAUGAUGCCUUUAUGGAUAAUAGCUUUUUCGAAACGCAGCCAGCGGAGAAUUUGAGCCUCUGGGAAGAAAUCAUUGGUCUUUGGAUCAAGACUGAUAAAGAAAAACUUAAAGAACUUAUUAUAAAAUUCACACCCUCGGUACAAUCAACAGCUGGUAACAUCUUCACCUGGGGAGAGAGCUCAGAAAUCGAAGGUAAAGUGUUCGUUUCACGCAGGGUGACUUACUUAUUGAUGGCUGCGCCAAAGAACUUUUUCUUGGUUUAUCUUGGAGAUCUUUUCUCCAAAAUCGAGUACUCGCUUGGAAACAGUUGUCCCUUCGCAUAUCGUGCUCACAUAAUGGUUUUAUUCAGGGCAAUUGUUACCUGCUUUGACGAUGUCCAUCUUAUACCCAGAUGGUCCAUAAUAGUGCACGAAUUGCUCCUCGUUUUUGAAUCUAUAGCUGAACGCGAUUCAAAACAUUUGCUUUCCAUGAGCAAGGACGAACUUCAAUUGGUGCUUGCUAGUUGUAAGCUUUUGGACCAACUACUUCUUGCUCGUCAUGAUGAAUUUACCUUGAGUGACUGGCUCUUCGUUUCUGCAGAAUCGAAAAUUGUCACUCGGCCCCAGCAGCUGCACGCUCUUGUGGACAUAAUUGCAUCCAAAGACCUUGUUGUUGCUAGAGAGCCUCCUAUCAAGAUUGACCAACCCUCGGGCUUACUUAAACCGCUACUUCAUGGAGUGGUACAUCUCGAGAAUAUUUCGCGAUUAAGAUUAUUCUUUGAGUCGUUGAGUAUGAUCAAUUUUGAAAGAACUUAUGGUCUUUACGAAGUUGAUUACGAUAGUGUAAGGAGUGACAUUUUCAACGACUUGAUACUCCGGGGUUAA